UUGAUAAAAUCAAUAAAGUUUACUUGGAAGAUACUAUCUAGGAAACUGUACAUGAAUUAUGUUCAGAAUCAAAUGACAAAGCACUUUUUUUUAGAACAUUACGUCACAGGGAUUUACCCAGAAAUUGUUACUCAGUUUCGAAUUACUAGAGAUUAGAGUAACUAAAGUACUUUCAUUAUGCUGUUCUCGUUAGUUCCAGGCGAUGCGGUCGUUUGGGCACAUUUCUGCACGACUAUGAGCAUCAGUGUGUUUCACAAAUGAUACAGACCGUCGUCAAAAGCUUGUAUGAGUAUCUGCCAUGGCGUGUAUGGAAUUUUGCAGACUGGAUUCGCCAGAUAGCUCUCGCCGUUCGCGAGUAUCUUUCUAGUGAGGAAGAGAAUGCCAGGGAUGGCGUUGGACUCGUGGGUGAAGUAGAUGAUGAUAAUGCGCGUGAUAAUCCGCGUAGUAGUGGGCCAAUGAACAGUGAGCAUGAAAAUGCUGCCGGCGGCAAUGAAAUAGUUGCUGAUAGUUCAAGACCAGUCGUUAAUAUUAACAUUUCAUCGAACACUGGUACUGUCGUCAUUGGGGAUCAACCCACCGUGAAAUGUGUCGGCAGUAAAAAGGCAGAAAGUCGUGAAAAGGCGAAGAUUGGUGCGUCUCCAUCAUUGGUGAGCAGUAAACGCGAUACGGUUACUAAUAAUAAGGAGAAUAAUGCAAAUUCACCGGAAAAAGAAGCGCCUACGAGAAGCUGUAAAAAAGGAAACGAAAAACCAAAGUUUCCGCGAAGGAGAAAAUGUGCUGGAGAAAGAGGAAACCUUCCAUCGAAAAUUCCAUCCCAUGUAGCACAAAUUCAUGAAAUUGACAAAGAUUUGUCAACAUUCAGAGAAAAUGGAGAAUGGAAGGCUCACGAAGAGGCGAUAGAGAAAUUUAAAAAAAGGUUUUUUCGAGAUGAAGAUAAUCACGAUGUCAUAUUACUUCUCAGAUAUGAGCAAGCUGCCGCUUUAUACGAGAAAAGAGAUCUCAACUCGUGCAUGAAAUUGACUGCAGAAAUUGCUAAGGAAGUAAACCUUAACGAAACAAAUUGGGAUCAGAUCAACGACACGCAAAAGAUGAUUUAUUGCAAGUGUCUUUUUUUGGCGUCAAGAAGACAUUGCAUCGUCGGGAAAAAACUAGGGAUGGCCGAAAAAGCCUUGAGUAAAGCAUCGAAGUUGCUAUGCAAGUACAAAAAUAUUGAACUGGAAUCAUUUCUUUACCUGGAAUAUGCGUAUUACCACUUUUGCUUAAACCAGUGCACAGAAAGUAAAGUUAAUUUGGUAAUUUCAUAUACGAGCAGAGCUGAGGAUACCUCUUCGGCGCUAAUUGGGAAAGUAUUUAAGGAAAAAAGAGACAGGAUAAGAAGAGAGAUACUACUUUUGCGAUGUCAAGCUAUAAUACAAUUUAUUCUCGCAAGUGUGAAUUCAGUUUUGCCACAAGACUUGUCGAAUAUGUUGAAUGCUUCGAUGGCCGAGUUAGAAGGCCAAUUAUGGAAUCGUAUUUCGCCUAAACAAAAGGUUGCAUUUUACAAGCUAAAAAGUAGCCAUUUCGAAAUUCUGGUAAAUCCGGCUCAAACUCUGGAACAUGCGAGGAAAGCUCUUGAGAUUGCAGAAAAAUGUAAGUUUAAUAACGAAGUCUUGCUCUUGAUGGAUCGUAUUCGUCGGCUCCAAAAAUAUCCAGAAGAGCCAGUAAACGAUAGCGAACAACUCGUGAAGAAAGUACUCGAAAUAGUGUCAACGACGGAUGGGAAUCUGGAGUCCAAUGGGGGUGAGCUCACAGAACGUGGGAUAUUCAGCACCGAUGAAUCCGACUUCGAUAUUGUUGACGCUUGUAUACUGGGACAGAGCCGAUAUCCAUGUUUAUUACAACCGAUUGAAGGCAGAGAAAAUGACAAGUUGGACGAAGUUUAAACUGAAUUUCCGAAAUGUACCACUUCGAUACCGCAAUACUUUUUCAGAUCGCUGUUUUUAACCCAUAAUUCAGAUAGCUAGAAUAUUUUUUUUCACUGUCGUUGCAGUGAAACUGUUAAUAAUAUCACAAACUCUGUGUAAAAAAGCAUUUGGAUUGUACAUUACUGAAGUUUGGUAGGAAUGAUUCUAGAUUUUAUGUACAUAAUUAUAAGCACCUUCCAAUGAACGGAAUGACAUGCAGUAAAAACAGCGUGAACUUUUGUUGGUGAUAUCCUUCAUCAACUGAAUUCGCUAUUUUUAAAUGUUCUAGUUAAAUUCCUCAGUGAACUCUAUGUUAACCGGAACGACAACUCAAACGCCAUCUUCGAAGUCAAUUUGAAGGCGAUUUGGCGCUUGUGUCAGUCUUUUUUUAUUGUUUUUUUUGUUCACAGUUGACAUAAAAUUCAGAGAAUGGACAUAAAAUAAUGGAAUGGCUUCAAGUCAAUCAUCGUUCCAGUCUUUAUAGGGUCCACUGAAA